UCCACCUCUUCAGGAUCCUGGGCCCGGUGGCCCGGCAGAGGUAGGAGCAGGCGGGAGCUACUGCUUUCGGAGCCGGGGGUCACGUGAGGCAGCUCGGUGCUGUAGGAGGAGGCGAGAAGCUGCAGUUCGAAGAGUCCGGUUUAACCGUCACCGGGAAGCACGCUCGAGCAGGAUCACCGAGUGCGCUGAGAUAGUGAAUCCCUAAGAAGAAAAUAAUGGAUUGCAUAUUAGUUGUUCUCUGAGUGUUUGGACUCAACAGUGUACAGGUUUGUCGCAAAGGCUGAAAGAAGAUGGCAACUCCUUAUGUCCCAGUUCCUAUGCCCAUAGGAAACUCUGCUUCCAGUUUUACAACCAACAGAAAUCAAAGGAGUUCUUCAUUUGGCAGUAUCUCAACAAGCUCAAACUCUUCCAAAGGCCAGUUAGAAGAUUCAAAUAUGGGUAAUUGUAAACAGAUAAGUGUGCCUGAUCAUAUGGACAGUACUUCAUCUGUCUGUAACAGUCCUCUCAUCAGGACUAAAUUUACAGGUACAGAUUCUUCCAUUGAGUAUUCUACUAGACCAAGAGAAAGUGAAGAACAAAGUCGUGAAACAGUGAAUUGGGAAGAUAGACCAUCUACACCUACUAUACUAGGUUAUGAGGUGAUGGAAGAAAGAGCCAAAUUUACUGUGUAUAAAAUUCUAGUAAAGAAAACCCCAGAAGAGAGUUGGGUAGUUUUCAGAAGAUACACUGACUUUUCUAGGCUUAAUGACAAACUAAAAGAGAUGUUUCCAGGCUUUCGAUUAGCACUUCCACCAAAACGCUGGUUUAAAGAUAAUUAUAACACUGACUUUUUAGAAGACAGACAGUUAGGAUUACAAGCGUUUCUUCAAAAUUUAGUAGCUCACAAGGACAUUGCUAACUGCCUUGCAGUGAGAGAAUUUCUUUGUCUGGAUGAUCCACCAGGUCCAUUUGAUAGCCUAGAAGAAAGCAGGGCUUUCUGUGAAACUUUAGAAGAGACUAAUUACCAUUUACAGAGGGAACUACUUGAAAAACAAAAAGAGGUGGAAUCCUUGAAGAAACUGCUCAGUGAGAAGCAACUUCACAUAGAUGCUUUAGAGAGUAGAAUCAGAACAUUAUCUUUAGAAGCUGAAGAAUCACUGUAUGUAUCAGCAGUAGAAGGCGGACAAAUCCUAAGAGUGGAGUCUUGUGGAGUUGAGGUUGAUCAAGAUGUUGUGGAUGAAGAAUCUAGAGCUGAUAAUAAGCCACAUUUAAGUUUUUGUGAACCUGAAAAUGCUAUCUCAGAGAUAGAAGUAGCAGAAUUGGCAUAUAAUGCUGAAGAAGACUAAUACAAAACACAAGCAGCUCUCCAUUUCAACAUUGCAGUAAAUUUAGAAUAGAGUGGCAAAUACUGUUAAAAAAAAAAAAAAAAGGACCAUGAAACAUUGACGAAAAGAGCAAGAAUGUAUAUGUAUGAAGUUUACAUAUAAGUUUUUUUAAGUUAUUGGGAUAGGAAAUAUAUUCACUGCUGCUUUUAAUUGUCUUUUAUCCAGCUUUGUGUUUAAUACACUGAAAAAAAUCUAGUUAGAAUUCUGUUAUCAAGGUCCACAUUCUUAAAUAUUGUGUAUAAAUUAUAAUGAUGUUUUGCUUGUAUAAUGCUACAGGUGUGUGUGUGUGUGUGUGUGUGUGUGUGAUCACCAGUUACAUUAGUUAAAUGGAAAUUAAUUGCAUGCUACUAUCUGGGUGAUGUAUAUUUCCUUGUAUCUCUGAAAUGACAUACUUUCAUUAAUGGCUUAAAUCAGUGAACAUCACAGUAAAGGUAAAGAUGAAUUGAGUUUUAAAUGUUGACAUGUUUGCCAUCUCUAAAUAAAAAUUUCUUAUUUUAAAUAUUAAUAAUUUAAAAGAAGAAAAUGACUUUCUAAUACCAAAGGAAAACUUUUGAAGAGUUGUAAUCAUAUAGCUAAAGUGACAAAAUAGCCUUGAUUUUAAAAGCGGAUUCAUUGAUAUCAAGAUUUUAUAAGUGUCCCAGUUUAUUAAUAUGUUAUACUACUGUAUUUACUACAUCAUCAUCUCAAAUCUCUACCAGUAGAUUCAGUGAGUUUUCCUCUUUUAGAACCCUUCCUCUCUUUUCUAAUCAAGGUAUAUUCUUUUGAAAAUAUAUUAUAGAUUCUAAAUUGGGAAUUACAAAAAAAAAAGAAAGCAGAAAGCCAUAGACACUGCAUACUUCCUAACUGGCUUGACCUGUGGCAUUGUGGUUUUAUUUCUGUGUCUGUGAAGAUGUUGUUACGCUGUAUUAUGGCUGAUUUUCUUUUUAAUGUAUUUAACCAAGUGAUGCACUUUAUGAAAAUUAAACUCUUUUGUGCCAAGUUUAAUUGGUGGAUUUCUUUAGUAAGUGGAGUUAGCAGAAAGAAUUAUGUAGUGCCUUCACUAUUUCACUUUUAUAAAAAGUCUCCUAGGUUUUGUGAGUCAGUUUUAUGAAAAAUGUUUAUGCUUGUUUGAGCUUUGUGUACAGUUAUUGAAAAUGCCUUGUUUCAUUGUUAUAGUAUGAAGUUAGUCAUUUAUUUUCUGUCUACUGGUUUGCAUGUUGCUCUCAGUAUACAUUGUAAUCAUGGUAGCAUUUUGAAAUCUUCAUUUGGUAUGUGGAAUGUCAUAAGCUUUCUAAAACCAGAGAGACAUUUACUAGGAAGUAGAAUAAGUCUUCAUUUGUUUCUCUUUCCUAAGUUUAUCAGUAUCUUAAUGUACAUACUAAGAUGUAGUUGUUUAAAAUUCUCCUGACAUAAAUCAACAUAUCCAGUGGCUGUUUAACUUUUUCUUAAAAUGAGACUACUUUUUACCAACAUAUCUAAAAUUUUAAGUCUUUCCAAAAUGCACAGGUAUGUUAAGCUCAGAAUAUUUUCCACAAAGUAUAUUAGAAAUGUUUAUUAUCCUUAGAGAUAGAAAUGAAUAUAAUAAAUGAAUCUGCUUAUUCAUUUUAAAAUUAUUAUUCUAGACUUUACAGAAAGCUUAAAAAGAGAAAUCAUUUAUAUGAAUUCAUAACCAUUUUCAGCCUAAUAAAACAAGAUGAUCUUUGCCAAGUUUCAGAUAUUACAGUGCAACACAUCUUAGAGGGAAUCAUAUACUUUGAAAUUCUGACUUUUCAGAACUUUGUAUUUAAAGUUCUAGUUGGGUAAAGAGUAACUUUGUUGACUAGGUAAACCACUACUAUUUAGAUUUAGAUUUACUUUUUUACUUUUAUAAUUCAUUUUAUUCCCAGUAUUAUUAUAUUUGUUUAAUAAAUUAUCUUUUCAUUA